AUGUGCACUGCAACUCCGCAGUCUGCAAGUGCCAGGUGCUGUUUGGUCAAUAUGAUUGUUGGGGGUGGCUAUUUUGAAGGUUCCCAUGAUCAUAAUCUCAUGCCGGGAUCUUUAAUAAAACCUGACUUUGCAAAUGAGAGGCAGAGGAGGGAAUGGAUGAAUGUAGCGUUCUGGGCUUUAAGAAUCCUCCUCCCCGAUCCCAAGGACGACAGGGUCUCAAAUGUAGAGGAUGCCAUUGAAUACAUACAUGAGCUGAACCGGACAGUGAAGGAACUGAAGAUCCUAGUAGAACAGAAGAGGCAUGGGACUAAUAGGAAAAAGAUGAUAAAGAUGGACGAAGAGGCAGCUUCCGAUGGCGAGAACUCAUCGACGAUGCCAGUGAGGGAUGAGCAAGACAAUGAGCUCGAUUGGGCCAUAAGGAGCUCCUGGGUGCAGAGGAGGUCCCAGGAAUGCCGUGUUGAUGUCCACAUAGUGGAAAAUGCAGUAAACGUCCAGCUCACUGAAUGGAAGAACGCCAACUCCCUGCCUCAUGCCGCGAAGGUUCUCGACGAGUUCCAUCUUGAGAUCAUCAGCGUGGUCGGACAGAUUGUUGGCGAUCACCGCAUAUUCAUCUUCAACACUAAGGUAUCUGAAGGCUGCUCGGUGUAUGCCCUUGCAGUGGCCGAGAGGCUCUUUCAAGCAGUUGAUGCACAGCACCAGGCCCUCAACAUACUCGGCCAGGCUCUAGCAACCAAACUGACUAUCUGA